CGAGAGGCGCCUUCGAAGUCUGGUUGGGAUGAGAUUGUGGAGCAAACAUUUGAUAAUUUAGUUAAAAAUAUAUUCGUAAAGACAGAUUAUAAUGGGUCGAGACUAUUAUGCCGUUUUGGAAAUUUCACGAAAUGCAACCGACGCUGACAUUAAAAAAGCGUAUCGCAGACUUUCCUUGAAGUUCCAUCCACAGAAAAACCAGGAACCGGGUGCUUUGGAACGAUUUAAUCUACUAGCUGAAGCGUAUGAGAUACUGAGCGACCCAAAAAAAAAGGCAACAUAUGACAAGUUUGGAGAAGAAGGCCUCAAAGGGGGCAUCCCACCCGAGUAUGGAGGCAGUGGUGCAUGGACAAGUGGUUAUGUCUACCAUGGCAAUGCUGAGAAAGUAUUCUGCGAUUUCUUUGGAGGAGACAACCCAUUUGCAGAUUUCUACACGGUGGAGGGUGAAGAGGUCAAUGCAAGUUUUGGUGGACUGAGAGGUCGAGGGAUGAAAAAAACUGAUCCUGCAAUCGAGAGAGACCUGUUUCUUUCCUUAGAAGACUUGUUUUAUGGGUGCACAAAAAAGAUAAAAAUAUCUCGAAGGGUGAUGAAUGAAGAUGGCCAUACAUCCAGCAUCAAGGACAAAAUUUUAACAAUUGAUGUAAAGCCUGGCUGGAAAAAAGGAACAAAGAUCACAUUUCCCAAGGAAGGCGAUCAGGGCCCAAACAAUAUUCCAGCUGACAUUAUAUUCAUUGUAAAAGAAAAGCAUCAUGCUCGCUUCAGAAGAGAACAGAAUAAUCUAGUGUACAUAUGCCACAUUGAUCUUGUAAAGGCAUUAACUGGACUUGCUGUGGCAAUCGAGACCCUAGAUGGCAGGCUUCUCAACAUCCCUAUCAAUGACAUUGUCCAUCCAAAAUAUACCAAAGUUGUUCCUGGUGAAGGAAUGCCAAUCUCCAGUAAUUCAGAAGAAAAAGGAAAUCUAAUUAUUCAGUUUGAUAUUCGCUUUCCACAGAAGUUAAAUGCAGAAAGAAAACGUAUAAUAAAGCAAGCACUCUCCUAG